GGGGCGCCCGGAGGGACCGAGGCGGCGAGGAGGGGCGCGCGCGGCCAGGCGGAGAGCGGCGUGCGCGCUUGGCUCCUGCCGCGCUCGCUGCGUUGCCCCUUUAAUUGUGUCCCCGGCCCUCGGGCGCCUCGCUCCUCCGCCCACGUCAGCAGCCACCUUUGUUUCUCUCCGGCCGGGCUGCGGGGCGGCGGAGCCCGCGACCCCGCGACGCUUCGCACCGUCACUCCCGCCUCUCCCUCCCUCCUUCCCUCCGCCCGCCCGCCUCCGGAGCCGCAGCCAGCCCAGCCCUGCCUCCGCCGAGCGAAUGAAUGUGUGGUGCUAGUCAAUCCUCCAGAUCUAAGAAGUGCCAGAUUCCAACUAAAGGCACAAACAGUUUGCACAGCACCCCAAGCCAAGUUUGUCAUAAACCCUGCCCGGUUUCAGAAUGGAGAUUUCUUCCCAUCAGUCCCACCUCCUGCAGCAGUUAAAUGAGCAGCGGCAGCAGGACCUCUUCUGCGACUGCAGCAUCCUGGUGGAGGGGAAGGUCUUCAGAGCCCACCGCAAUGUGCUCUUUGCCAGCAGCGGCUACUUCAAGAUGCUCCUCUCCCAGUGCUCCAAGGAGGCUGGCCACCCCACCACGGCCACUUUCCAGGCCUUUUCCCCGGAGACCUUCUCAGUGAUUCUGGAUUUUGUGUAUUCUGGCAAACUCUCCCUCACCGGCCAGAACGUGAUUGAGGUGAUGUCGGCCGCCAGCUUCCUUCAGAUGACUGACGUCAUCAGCGUCUGCAAGACCUUCAUCAAGUCCUCCCUGGACAUCAGUGAGAAGGAGAAGGACCGCUAUUUCAGCCUCUCGGACAAGGAGGUCAGCUCCAACGGGGUGGAGCGCUUGUGCUUGUACAGUGCCGGCUGGAGAGCGGAGUCCAGCCCUCCCCACUCCCAUCUGAGCCCCGACCGAGGGACGUGCAUGAUCAACAGCAACUCUUGGACAAAUUUCAGCUACUAUCCAUCCACCCCGAGAGCCGCCCAGCCCCUCUCCAAACAUGACCAAAGACAGGAAUCCCUGAAGAAAAGCCGGCAUCUGGGGCUGGCCCAGCCUGCGGACGGGCCCCCCUACAAAGCGAACAAGCUGGAAGACCGGGCUGCUGAGCAGGCAAGCCACUCUGCUCCGUCUGAAGAGGACCUCCAAGUGGACUCGGAAGGGGAUUCCUGUCCUGCCGGCUACCAGUACGGGCAGGGCGCGGAUGCGAGAGGGCUGGCUGUGCCUCAGCAUGAGCACGAAUCGCCCCACCCCGCCAGCAAGUCCAAGUCUUCCAAAGGCGAAGAGCAGUACCCCAGCGUGCCCUCCGUCUUGGGGGUUAUGGGGAACUGGGCUGAGGAGGACCUGCCUCGGAUGAGGUUCAAAUGCCCCUUCUGCACCCACGUGGUGAAACGGAAAGCAGACCUGAAGCGACACCUCCGCUGCCACACGGGAGAGCGGCCGUACCCUUGCGAAGCCUGCGGGAAAAGGUUCAGCCGGCUGGAUCACUUGAGCAGCCACUUUCGGACGAUCCAUCAAGCUUGCAAGCCCAUCUGCAGAAAAUGCAAGCGUCAUGUCACCGAAAUGACGGGCCAGGUGGUCCAGGAAGGGACCAGACGCUACAGACUUUGCAAUGAAUGCCUCUCCGAAGCCGGGAUCGACAGCAUCCGCAUUGACUUGGACACAGAACCGCCCCCGGAGUUCCCCCUGGAAGAGGACAAAGACUCCAACUGGAAUUACAGCGAAGACAACAGAUCCGACGUGGAGAUUGUAGAGGACGGCUCGUCUGAUCUGGUUAUCCAGCAAGUGGAUGACAGCGACGAGGAAGCCGAGGAAAAAGAUGUAAAGCCCAACAUUAGGUAGGCAUGGAGGACAGAUCCGUCGUAGUCUCCCCCCCCCCAACCUUCCUGUUGCGUCAUCUCAUUCCUUGUCUUGACCGUUGACACCCAGCCUGCCUACCUGCCGGCCCAGGGUUCAAAUGCACUCUGCUCUGAAGGCUUUCCCUGGCUUGGGGUCAACUGCAUGCAGUGACUGACGGACAUGCCAUUGUCUCUCUUCUGAAUUUAGCUACCCCCAAGUAUCACUAUUUUAUUCCAUAAGGAGGCCUCCGUUUCAAGAUGGCGCGAUGUAUGAACAAUUAUUUGCAAACGGUGACUGUGAUAACUUUUGAUAAUAUAAAAUUGUCCUCUUAAUCCUUUUACAGAAUUGGGAAGCCCUUCAAAAUAAAAGUGAACAACUUCAUAGUAA